AUGGUCGAGGAGAGGACUCCUGGCCAGAAACUAUCCGUCGGUGCAAUUCCGCGCGCAGCCAUCGCAUACAUUCCCGGAUCCUACACCCACAUCUGCCUCGUUCUCAUUGACUCCAGCUCAGCUGACUUUCCCUCCUCACAGGAUUAUAACGUACAGCCGGGCAUAUCGGCCAAACGUGCCGGGGAGCCUGAGUUCGCCAAGUACGCUAUGGCCUAUUUGGGCAGGACCAGAGUUGACCAAGGCACGCAGUACAAGCCGGAAGACUGUGUCCAUGCAAUGAACCACAUGUGUGAGAUGUUCAUGACACGUCGGGAACUCAGAAGGCUGCACCUUAAAGCGUCCGUCUUGUGCACCAGCAGAUAUAAUGGUUAUGGCAUUUACCCAGACCCGCAGAAGCCACCAAAGGCAGAUGGUAAGGACGAAAAGGACCGUGAUCACACAGAAGGAACGUACCAAUUCAACUCGAAGUACGACCUCAAGAUUGGAGACCAUGUGCUACGUGACAUUGGCGAUUACAACGAAGACUCACAAAAGCACAUAAUGCUAAACAGACUGCACUGGAGAACUGAUCCGCUUUGCUUCUUUUCCUACGGUGCAGUUAACGUGUCCAGGGAUGCAACGCAUGCUCCAUCAAUGUGGAAGUUGAGUGCGGACUGCAUCCAAUACCAGGCUACUGAGUCCCCGGCUCCAGUCCGGAUCUUGCGCGCAGCAGGUGUGUACACACGGGAUCCUGAAGCCGUUCGCCAUGUGUUUAUGAACUCACUUGAUAUGUUCAACACCACAGUGGCAUAUGGAUCGCUGUUAUUGGGUCUAACCAACUGGGCAGCCUGUGAGCUUGGAGUAACAAUGUUUGAGCACAAUCGACUGGGCAAACGACAAAGAUGCAUUGAUGACAGCUAUCGGCUGCUUUGGCCUGAGCUUACCCAGGGAUUUGUGAUCAAAACCCGGGUCAACUCCGACCGCAUUGUGGAUGACGCACUCGCCGCUUCGUGGCUCGGUAUGUCAAUGAACCUGGCCACAUUGAAAAAGAACAUAAAGGUGGACUGGUUCGACACCCACUACAGCUGGAACGUGCCCUGGUGGUAUGUAUCCGCUCUGGCCGAAAGAUUUGGUCACAAAUACACUAUCGAAGCCCAACCAAAUGUGGAGUACUUCGAAGAUGAGAAUGACAAUAUGAUGGGAUCGCUUAUUGAGAUGAAAACAUCGAAGCAAACAGAUCUCAGCAUCUUAACCAGCAGCUGUGAGUACGAGAGACGUGUACGGAGGAAUAGGCCAUCAUACUUUGAAAUUCGGACACCCACUUCUAACGGCAAGGACGAAGCCAUAAACUUUGUCAGCUGGAAUGCGAACGCCUUUAUCGAUGCCACAAAGAACGAGUUGCGCUCAGGACUGUCUACUGAGCUGAAGAGUCUUGAUGGCGUAUGUGAGCUGAACGUAAUCGUGUUCCCUAGCAUGAGGAGUAAGUCCAUGAAGACAUGUCCACGUGCGUUCGUUGCAGACAACGGACGCGUGGAUGCGAGGGAUGAGUCCACGUACCCAUGCAUUGUAGGGGGCUUAAGGUAUCCCGAUUCCAAAAUAAACUGUUUGCCUAAUGGAGAGACGACCGUCAUACAACCUCUGCUAUCCGGAUACUUGGUCGGAGCGUUAACAGAUGAGAAAAACGACAGCACUGAAGAGUUUCUUAACCACAACACAAACUGCAGCCGAGAAGAGCCUGAAAUUGAACACAUCGCUAAUGAACAGGUACAAAGCACAGGGAAAACUGUUACUUUUAACGAUGCGGUACAAGACACUCAAUUCGCUGAAUUUCGUUCGAUGAAUCGGGGGUGAGGUGCACGUAGCAAGCCAGAUGUCCUAGUAUAUAGCAUAUAUAAUAUCACAUAAAAUUUGAAAUUCGUGUAUAACAUAAAAUAUAUAAUCACUAAUAAAACAGCAACUUUUACACAA